CCAGGAGUCAGACUGUACCUCCCAGAUGGAUAUGCCUCAGGGUUGGAAAGGACACACAGGUGACUAUUUAUCCCCCACGGUGCUGGGUAUUCUGCAGAAGCUGUGGCACGUCUUGACUCAGACCAACAGAGUGUACACCUCACGUUUCCCAGCACCCACAUGGAGCCCUCAUGGCUACUGGUCCUUCCUUUGCUCCUGGCUCUGUCAGCACCCUGCCAUGCUUGCAGAUGUAAACUCCAGCAUCCCCAGACAUUUUUCUGCAAGUCAGACAUUGUCUUACUUGCUGAUAUACUGAAAUUAGAAAAUAAGACCAAGACUAGACGAAUUUUUACAGUCAAUGUCACUAAGAUACUUAAGGCUCCCAAGGGAGUUACCGAAAUCCACAAGAUCUACUCGCCUCGCGACAUAGAGGAGUGUGGUUACAUGAUGAGAACGGCUCAGCAGUCGCACCUGCUUAUAGCAGGUUAUAUGACAGGGAAGAAAGUUCGUUUCACACGAUGUCACCUGGUCUAUUUGUGGUAUCGGCUCAGCAGACAGCAGCGAUUAGGUUUCGAGUCAUUAUACAGUAAAGCGUGUUCCUGUCAAAUUAAACCCUGCCUUCUCUGCUGGCGCACCUGUCCUCAGCCCGAUAGCAGCGAGUGUGUGUGGAAACAAAGAGACUGUGAAUACAACAUUUGGCAAGGGAACUUGUCCAUGAGUUCAAUGUGUACCCUUUCUCACUCUGGUCGGUGUGAAUGGGCUCCCAUCCCACUCCUCACUGCCCUGGCGACCCCAACCUCACUCCACCCCUCACCUAAGGCCUCAAUCUCACACCUCUCCUCCCCUACAAGUAAAUAAUAGGUUUUUAAUAGUCUCUUCUUGAUCUGGGUAGUGUGAGCCAACUGGGUUAGUUUCAUUAACAAUCAUUGAGCUUUACUCUGGAACGUUGUGUACUUUCUGCAAGUGUAUGCAUCAGCGAAAUUGACAAAAUAAAACACAGGGACAAACUCCACUCUGGCAAUAGAUCUCCUCAACCUGAAUUCUUCACUCAUGUUUUCCUCGCUCGUGCAUUCACCAAAUGCAUUUUGACAUUCAUUCUUCUCAUUUAAAAGUUCCUCUCAUCUUGUCCUACCAAAAGCAAAAUCCUAGGCACAGAGAAAAGGGAUAAAACCCGAGAAAUUAGAGGCAGACUCCACUUGACAUGCCAUGAAUCUUCCUCAGAUGAUUUGCUAAAUGAAAGAGCACUGGGUAGAAGAAAAAGACUGUUCCUUGUCACUACAGAAUCAGGACUUCUCUACAAAUAUAAACAUCAUUCCCGGGAAAAGUAAAGGUUUAAGAAUAAAGAACAACAUUUGGGACCAGUAGUGGCAUAAUGG